GCGCACGCGGGGAGAGCGCAAACGCAGCAGCCAGACGAGAGGCGUGAAGAGAAGAGCUGAGAGAGAGCAGAGAACAGAGCAGAGAACAGAGAGAGGAGAGAGAGAGAAGAGACGACACAGCGAUCUGGCUGCAGCGCGAAGCAGUGGCGAUGAGAGCUUGAAGGCGAACCUCGUCAGUGCGCGUCCCCGCUCGCCUCGGCUCCUUUUCUCGGAUCCCAUGCGAUUCUUCAGGCUCUCAUUUAAGUGUUUUGUAGAUUGCUUCUGAUUCCCUUCGGCCGCGACACCUAAAAUAAGAACGAGUCUUCUCUUUACGACAAAACAGAGCCAAACGCACCGCGGUCGGGUCGGGCUGAGUGGUGGUGGAGGUGGAGGUGGUGCUCGGUAGCCCGUCCCGACCGAGGGGUUGUUUGGUUCAUCCAAACCGCGUGCGCUGAGAAGCCGGGGGUGGGUUUGGGUGCGUUUGGAAGCGGUGGGAGAAGAAGUCUCUAUUCUGUUGCGUUAUUUUGGGUGUCGAGGAAAGAAAGAGGUGAACGAAGGGCACGUGGCUGCAGCAACAGCAGCAGCUGCGGUGGUGUUGUUGGUCGUGUGAAGAUGAAGAUGAGACAGUUUCAACUCUGUCCGGAGAGUCCCUGCGAUGGCUCAAGCGACGAUGGCGCAGUGGUCGACGCCGGGGACCACACGCGGGUCAUGGUGGUGGCAGCUGCAGGCGGCGGUGGUGGCGGUGGUGUCAAGGGGGAUCACGAUGGCUGCGCAGAGGCGGGUGGCGUGAGUCCCCAGCCCAGGGGCGAGUACAGAGAGCGGGAGACGUGGACGCGGCAGAUGGACUUCAUCAUGUCGUGUGUCGGCUUCGCCGUGGGUCUGGGCAACGUCUGGCGCUUUCCUUACCUGUGCUACAAGAAUGGCGGAGGGGUCUUUCUCAUCCCGUACAUUCUGAUAGCUCUCUUCGGAGGAAUCCCCGUGUUUUUCAUGGAGAUCGCUCUCGGACAGUUCAUGAAACAAGGCAGCAUCGGGGUGUGGAAUAUCUCCCCCAUCUUUCAGGGCCUGGGCCUCUCCUCCAUGGUGAUCGUCUUCUUCUGCAACACCUACUACAUCCUGGUGCUCACCUGGGGCUUGUACUACUUCAUCCACUGCUUCGCCACCACGCUGCCCUGGGCCACCUGCGGAAACGCCUGGAACACGGCGACGUGCAGCGAGGGGGCGGGCCACUGCCUGCUGCUGAACGGCACGAACGGAACGACCAACCAGAGCGAGUGCAUGAACCAGGGGGCCUUGACCUCCCCCGUCGUCGAGUUUUGGGAGCGCAAGGUCUUGCGGAUCUCCAACGGGCUCGGCGACGCGGGCUCCGUGUCCUGGGAGCUCCUGCUGUGCCUCGUCACCGUUUGGCUCCUCGUGUACUUCUGCGUGUGGAAGGGCGUCAAGUCCACGGGAAAGGUUGUCUAUUUCACCGCGACCUUCCCAUACCUGGUUCUCAUCAUCCUCUUCAUCAAUGGGAUGACGCUCCCAGGAUCCUAUGAUGGCAUUAUGUAUUACCUAAAACCCGAUUGGAGCAAACUCGGGCAGCCACAGGUAUGGAUAGACGCGGGCACUCAGAUAUUCUUUUCGUACGCCAUCGGUCUGGGCGCGCUGUCCGCCCUCGGCAGCUACAACCGCUUCAACAACAACUGCUAUAGGGACACGUUCAUUCUGGCGCUCGUCAACAGUGGCACGAGCUUCUUUGCUGGCUUCGUCGUCUUUUCCACCUUGGGGUUCAUGGCGGCCGAGCAGGGCGUUGACAUCUCCCAAGUGGCCGAGUCAGGUCCAGGCCUUGCCUUCAUCGCGUACCCCAAGGCCGUGUCCCUCAUGCCCGUGGCUCCACUCUGGGCUGCUCUCUUCUUCUUCAUGCUCAUUCUGCUGGGGCUGGACAGCCAGUUUGUUGGCGUCGAAGGCUUCGUGACGGGAAUUUCCGACCUCUUCCCCGCCGCGCUCACGGGCGGCUACCGCCGCGAGGUCUUCGUGGGCGUCUGCUGCUUCACCUCCUUCCUCAUCGCUAUCUCCAUGGUCACCGAGGGCGGCAUGUAUGUGUUUCAGCUGUUUGACUACUACUCUGCGAGCGGCAUGACCCUGCUGUGGCAAGCGGGAUGGGAGUGCAUCGUCGUUGCCUGGGUCUACGGUGGGGAUCGCUUCAUGGAUAAUAUCGCUCUGAUGAUUGGCUACCGCCCAUUCCCCUGGAUGCGUUGGUGCUGGGCCUUCGUGACACCGUGUGUUUGCACGGGCAUCUUCUUGUUCAACCUCCUGAAUUACAAGCCGCUGACGUACAACAAGGAGUAUGUGUACCCCUGGUGGGGCGAGGCGCUGGGCUGGUGCAUGGCCCUCUCGUCCAUGCUGUGCAUCCCGGUCGUGGCAAUCUAUCGCCUGGCACGUACCAAGGGCAACCUCCUGGAGCGCUGGCGAAUUCUGACAACCCCGGUCUGGGGCUGCCACCACAUGGAGUACAUGUCCCCGACAGAGCCGGCCCCGCAGAGCAUCCAGGACGUGGAGACGACCCCUCCGAUCGCGCUGACUCCCACGGACGAGAAGGUGGUGCUCUGCGAAACCAUCAUGUGACGAGCGCAUCGAUAUUCCCGUGCCGUUUCUCUCGGCAAAAAAAGAAACAAAUUAACCUUUCCUGUGCGGGGGGCAUUUCUUGUGCCCGAGAUGAGACAAAUAAUUGUCGCGGUUUUUAUUUUUUAUUUUGUACCACAUAGAUCCGUGUUAUCGUGAUGCUGAACUUUUCCUUUGUAAUCGGAUGCUGCUGUGCAAAGGAUGGAUGAUGGAGCGGAGAUAUUCAUACGAAUGACGGUAAAGAUGAAUGAAUAUUUCCCAUGACAAAACAAUAUGGAUUCUUCCCCAAUUUGCGACCACGUCAGCAUUUGGCAGCAGUUAUUGAUCAAUGGCACUGGUGUUCGAAAUAAGCUGUGGAACUUCGUACCCUUUCAGGUGUUAUAUAUAUAUAGAUUCUCGUUAGUGACUGCACAUUUCUACAGUUGUAUUCAGUGUUAUGGUCGAUCACAAAGUGUUGACUGUUCCGAAGACUCUAUCCUAGUCGACGUGCCAUCCUAUAGAAGCUGCAUUUCUAUGCAUUGUUGUGAGCCGAACCAAUGGAAGAAUCCACAUGUUAUGGAUCAUUAUUUAGAACCUAAUUGUCCACCUGGGCACGUCUGUAUUCUCGUAUUGCACCACUAAAGUUCGAUGUAGAAUAUAGUUAAGCAUAAAAUGCAAAUGUCUGUAAGUGUUCAUGAUCGCUGCAUCGUUGCCAAACAUGUGAAAGUAUAUCAUGUGGGGUUUAUCACGUGUGUUUGAAUGUAUUAGUCUGCGCGUGUUUUGUGCGUGGAUAAUUUCAACGCGUAAAACUCAUGUUUCGGUGUAACCAGUAACGAAUUAAACAAAACAAAAAUCCACCACGCACGGAUUUGGAACCGUCAAGAGAAAACAAUGCAAUAAAGUGUGUCGAGGUGUUUUUCUUGCGGGAAAACGCCGAUGUACACGACGGUUUAGCGCUGGAGGAGGAUGAAAAUCAGAGUUUUGGCGAGAAGGCGACAGUUCGCCCCGUGCCCGAGUCAUUGCAACAAAAUUCCACAGCGGCAGAUGCAAUCACGAUUCGUGGCUUUUGGUCACUGGUUCCCGUGUUUGUCUGUGGGAUGCCCACUCUUGGCAGGAAAGAGUGCAUUCUCGUUAUACGUUCGGCAUGACGUUUUAAAGUUAUCUAGUGGUAGAUUGUAAAAUGUUUAUAGUUUGUGUCUUCCAUGACAUAGUCUGGGUAUAAUAAUUCACUCCAUUAUCAGACGUUACCAAUCACCUUGUAAUGAAUCAGUGUUGGUUAUUAACCUGUGACAGUCUUCCAAGAGAUGUUAUUCUUAACAAAAAAUAUAAUCCAUAACUGCUGUGGUGUUCAAAAAAAUCUUGUAAAAUCCGACUACAUUUUUAAAACCUAAUAUCAACUAUUCUUCUUGGAUUGAGUUCAACUUACCAAGUAAUGUCGGGCAAAGUGGGUCAUGUUUAACGUCCACCAUAUUCCCCUUAAUGCAAUGUUUUUUUACAUGCAUUUUUAGAUUAAACAUCAAUAUAUUACUCAUAUAUUGAACUCUAAAAGGCCAUACAAUUGAUUUGUAUAGCACAUUCUGGUGAUUUUAAUGUUUUGUUCACAGCCUUGUUAAUCCGUAGAACUCGGAAGGAUAUUUAGCAUUGGUGUCUCUUGCUAACAGAGACCUCUUCUACAGUUCCAAUGUAACACAUCCAGACACUUCAAGUAAUUAAUACCAAUCGGAAAAACUCAAAGAAAAAAUAAUCGUUCACUUUUACGCAUUUAUAGGUUUGUAGGUUUAAAAUGAUACGUUUUUAAAUGGUGUUGUCUUUUAACAGGUAUUAAAAUGUACAUGUAUAAGAUGAGGAAUUGAGAGGUAUGUUGCUGUAGAGGUUGAGAUGUAUAAUGGAAACUGAAAGUGGUGCCCUAAGGUUAACAUCCUCCGCUUUCGUGAACAUUAUACUGGUGCUUUGACUGAAGAAUGUGACCGAUGUAAGUAACAGAGUGGAAAUUCAAUGCACACUUUACAUCCUACUAUUUUUUGCCCUGUACAUAAACAAAAAAAAGUACAAUAAAUAAAUACCGAUUUACAAAGGA